AUGGAGACGCAGCGCCGCGCCGCGCACUGGCUCGACCGCUACGCGACCUCCUACCACGCCUGGACCCGCGACGCGUCGCACCCGCGCCGCUGGACGCGCCCGCUGGGCCUGGUCGAGACAUCCUUCGACGCCGAUGGCGAGUACGCGGGUGGCCGCGCCGACAUCACGGCGACCCUGCGGUGCGGCGUGGUGCACUCGCUUUCCGCCCGCGAGUGGCGGCAGCGCAUCGGGCUGGCGUGGGCGGCGCUGCGGCUGCGGCACGUGCUACUGCUCAGCCGGGCCUUUGACGCCGCGGACACGGGGCUGCGGGGCUUCAGCGUCGAGGUGCCGGGGGACGUGGAGCGGGCGGUGGGGGAUGCGGUGCGGGGCACGGUGUGGGCGUGCGAGGGGCUCGAUGCGAGUGAUGUGCACGAGCAUGCGCUGAACGCGGGGCGGGUGGUUGAGCCGCGCGAGUGCAUGUCGAAGUUGCAUGUGUUGCCGGGGCGGCGGGGGGCGGACGGGGUGAGCGAGGUUGCGUUUCUGGUGGUGAUGGCGCAUGAGAUUUCCGACGGGCUAAGUGCGUAUGCGUGGUUCAAGGACUUUGUGCGGCUGUUGAAUCUGCCGGUGGGCGCGAUCGAGGACGAGAUUCGGGCGUCGUUGGAGCCGGGGGUGGUGGAGGCGCGGCUGCCGCCUGCGCAGGAGGACUUGUAUCCGCGGAUUGGCGGGAACAGGGCGAGGCAGCGGUGGAUAUGGGCGAUUCUGCGGGUGCUGCGGCAUGUCAAAAGCGCGCCUCCGCCGACGUUCGAGAACCCUUUGUACCGGCAAGAGCGGCUCGAGAAAGCCAGGCCGCUGCAGCCAAAGUACCCCCAGCUAUUCUCCUACGAGAGCGCAGACAUGCCGCCCAUGUCAACGGGCCAUAUCAAUGCAACGCUCUCGCCGUCUGCAUCGGCACGCGUGAUCAGCCUGUGCCGCGCCGCAAAGCUGAGCAUCGGGGCGGGCUGUUUCGCGCUCGCAGGACUGGCGAUGAUGGACAUACACGCGUUGCGGUAUCCGUCACUCAGCGCCUCCGAAAUUCCCGCCAUGACGGCCUCGUUCCCGCUAAACCCGCGCGCAUUCUUUACCAACCCGCCGCCCACGGAUUCGUGCAUGCUCGCCUUCAGUGACGGCGUCGCAAUGCCAUUUACGCCCUCUAGUCUGCCCAUUGAGAAGCGCUUCAGACUCGCAGCCAAGACGGCGAACCGCGAAUUGAAAGCGUACCAGAAACGGCUCAAGACCUCGGACAAAGGCGAGAUCAGCGCUGGGCUGGACAAGCAUGCGCCCGGGCGGUUGCUGGCGACGGGGUAUUUGGCGAUGCUGGAGCGUGUAGAGUCGAAAAUUCCGCCGCAUAGACAACUCGGCGUUGGCAAUCCGCAGGGUGAGUUGCAAGCUAACGGCGGGUAUAGCGCGACGUGUGGAGUCAGCAGUGUGGGGAGCUUGAAAGGGUUCCUCGCGCCUGGAGACUAUGAUUUGCACAACAAGAGUAAAGAUUUUGUCGCGGAUUACAGAGGCCUGAGAAUGGGUGUGCGGGCAAGAGAGAACGAGUUCCUGAUUGGAAGCUCGACCGACUCGGAAGGGCGCGUUGGGUUUGGUGUGAGCUACGACAUGAACGCCAUUGAUCCCGAAGCGGCAGAAAUGUGGGCGAAGACGAUUACGGGGUUGCUGGAGAAGGACGGCGGACCGAAACUGUAG